UUAUUAUCGGAAGGCCCAACGAGAAAGAUAGAACAGCUCGUGCUGGAGAAAAACCUCCUCUUGGAAUAUUCUGAAUAGUUUUGAGACUAGUCUGGUUUUCCGGAUCUCUCAGGCGCUGUUUGUCCUAUCGCCGUCGAUCAAUCCUCUCUACGGUCCUUUUCCGAGGGAUUGACUAAUUAUGUUGGGAGGUAGAGCAGUCCAUCGGUUAUUAGGCCGGAAAUUUCAAUCUGAAUCCACGGCCUCUCCAAUUUUAUCACCCUUUGUUUCCAAAAAAGCUCAAGAAGAAUUUGGAUCUCUGGGCAUGAAGUCCUUCAGAACAUUAGCACUCAUUGGAGCGGGUGUAUCUGGACUCUUAGGUUUCGCGACAGUAGCAUCUGCUGAUGAGGCUGAACACGGAUUGGAAUGUCCAAGCUAUCCAUGGCCUCACGCAGGAAUUCUUAGUUCAUAUGAUCAUGCUUCGAUUCGCCGUGGUCACCAGGUUUAUCAACAAGUAUGUGCAUCUUGUCAUUCAAUGUCACUUGUUUCAUAUCGUGACUUGGUCGGGGUGGCAUAUACAGAGGAGGAAGUAAAGGCUAUGGCAGCUGAGAUUGAGGUGGAGGAUGGGCCUAAUGACGAGGGUGAAAUGUUUACUCGUCCUGGUAAACUGAGUGAUCGUUUUCCUCAGCCAUAUUCAAAUGAAGCAGCUGCUAGAUUUGCUAAUGGGGGAGCCUACCCUCCAGAUUUAAGUCUUAUUACAAAAGCACGCCAUAAUGGUCAAAACUAUGUGUUUGCUCUUCUAACUGGCUAUCGUGAUCCUCCUGCUGGUGUUUCGAUUCGUGAAGGACUGCACUACAAUCCUUACUUCCCUGGUGGAGCUAUUGCAAUGCCAAAAAUGCUUAAUGAUGGUGCUGUUGAGUAUGAAGAUGGUGUCCCUGCAACAGAAGCUCAGAUGGGGAAAGAUGUGGUGUCAUUUUUAACUUGGGCUGCUGAACCAGAGAUGGAAGAGAGAAAGCUGAUGGGCUUCAAGUGGAUAUUUGUACUGUCCCUUGCACUACUUCAAGCUGCUUACUACAGGCGUUUGAGGUGGUCUGUUCUCAAGUCACGGAAGCUGGUCCUUGAUGUUGUCAAUUAGAACACUCCCCCUAUUCGAGUUUUUGUGGAGCAGGCAAAUAAUAUUAUCUUUCUCAAAAUGCUUUUGUUGUUUGAGGUCUUACUCUGGAAUGGCCUGUUUUUUGGUAAAGCGAACAGGCUAAAAUUUUCUUCUAUUCGAAAUCAAAAUAAGAUGCCCGUGUAAUUUUGAAGUUUGACUUUUAUAGGGGAGACAUCCUCGUGUUGUUUUUGAGGUUGUAACCCGUGUUUGUGGAGCUUUGUCGAUUUGGCUGUUGUGAAACUUUACUCUCCAGAUUUAUAGUUUUGUGACUUAACAUACAAUUUUAUUGCACUUAAAAUCCUAUUCCAAGGGUUA